GGACGGAAGGAGCAGGCGAGACAACCGGAGGAAGCUGUAAGAAGACGUCCAGACUCUGUGUAGAAAAAAGGGUCUUGUUGGCGAUAUUAAACAGACUGUCAACUAAUGCUUAUUAUUACAAGAUUGCAGCAGAAUGCGAAGUCAUUUUAAACAGGUCGGAUUUUCAACGUUUGGAGGUGAUUGACAUAGCCAACCUGCAAGAAGCAGCGGACUUCAUCAUCUCACAUAGCCUGCUGACGGACAGAGAAAAUCUGCAGAGUUACAGACGUUGCCUGACCAGUACCUGCGUAUAUGAAACAAUGGACCUCGGAAGAGGAGUUUCUGCAAACAGACGUUACCAUGGUUGCCGGCAGGAGGAAUCAUCAAGACUCAACGGAGCUAUCAUCCGGAACAGGCGCUACGGGAAGAGAUCCAAAUUCUCAAAACACAACAUCGGAGGCAAGGAAUCAAACAAAUCGCCGUUCAUCCCAAACAAACUCCUGCGACCUCGUUGGCCUAUUCUACACGAUAGUAGCCGAUGACUGCCUUCUGUCUCAGCCGAGUGACAGCGAAGAUUCCGAUGCUUCGGACAUCAUCUUGACACAGGACAUUGAAGCCGAUGUCCACUAUGGCUCCAAUGCGUCCUGCACGCUUAGCGAUAUCGAGACGGGGGAUGAACCACGCCACCAUUCAGACAUUGCAAUCCAACUACACAACAAAGAGGACAGCGCCGAAGCAGACACGUGGUUUGCCCAUGAAAACGAAUCAUCGCCAAACGUUGAUCUACAAAGUGAAGAGGUCACAAGUUUCAAAGAGGCAGUAGAUGAAACACUUAACUUUAAUCAAAACCUAAACGAUGAGUCUGGCACUACUGAGACGGGCAGCAUAAGUGACACUCAUCGAUCCAUGGAAAAUUCGUGUGCCAUUUUUUCCUGUCAACGAAGUCAUGACAAUCUUUUCCAGGAAGAGGAAGUAACUGCAACCAACGGAGACUGCGACAGCAAUAGCAACAUCAGUGUGGAAACUGUCAAAGACGCAAUUCUCUCUUGCCAUUCAGUAAACGGAGACACGUCUUCAUGUGUCUCAGGAACAUACUCGGUAGAAUUCCAUGACUCCAAUCGUACUGCAUCUGAUAAUGUUCCUCAGAAAAGUGGUAAUGAUCUCGAGGAUUGUUCUGCUGUCGACAAUACUGUGGAUCACAACACAACCCUCUACGUCCAAACGACACCUCCGCAGUCAGUUACCGGUACGAAUGCCGAUGCGCCAGAAAGAAGCAAUGUUUUCUCUCAAGAUCAAGCCGUGACUGAGAUCAUUGCCAGGGGACGGAGGAUGGCUGAUGAGGUGAAGCAAUUGAUAUCCGAGUUACUGGAUGUCUGUAUGCAAUCAAGAUGCAGCGACGCCAAACCCGUUACAGGACACGGGGACUUUGGGGAUACGUCCGCAUCAGCUUCUUUGGCAGCAUGUGAGUUUGUGGUCGAUUCCUCAGCAAAGGAGGAUGUGGCCCACAGACAGGAUAUGCCACAAUCAGAAUUCAGCGAGGGAUGUGAUCGAUCUGCAACAGAUAUCAAAACAGAAGAAAUGGGUGAUUUUGGAGCUCAUGGGAGAGAAAAUGGGCCAUUCUCUGCAGAAACAUCAUCUGAAUUUGACAUACAUGAAGUUGGGGAUAAUGACGAGGGCGAAAAUAGUGAGCGGUCAAUCGAUAUUGAAGUGAUAUCUACCCCGGUGAUCGUAAUGGAAACAGGGAACUUCUUCACCAAUCAGAGCCAGAUUCUAAUGGACCGGAAAUUCUGA